AUGGCUGGUUCGGUCGUUGCUCCUCCCUCAACAGCCAUCUUCUUUGUCACUGAUGUCGCUCGCCCUUCAGCUCUGCAACAAACCAAUGGCCCGCUCCACGAUGCUCUCUGUACAAGUAUCCAGACGAGCACGACGGCGUCGGUUGUAAAACUGCGCACCGUGGCCGUGACCGUGCACGACCAACAACCAACCGCCCGCUCAGCCAAAUCUCCCAGCAACGCGGCUGUGGCAGGCUCCGUCCUACAGGGCUCCCCUACUCGUUACUUGGCUCUGUGCUUGUGCACCUUUCCCUACCAGAUCAUGGACCACGGCACCUUACAUGGCAUCUUGCCUCGCCGCACUUAUGCGCAUCAUACGUGCUUUGCAGCUUUUAUCUCCCGCUGUACGGUGUACAGACGGGGCAGCGCACCAGCCUCCGGGCCGCUUCUGCUGCAGAUCGCUAGUCGGGGUCCCCCACCAGAUUUUGAAGCAUACGAUACUCAUCCCGGCAUGUACAAGUACAGUGGUGGAAACUCUGGGCUUGGGAUCUCGGCUACGAAGCAGCUCGUUUAUGUGAGAUGGACCCGAGCAAGGGUCCCAGAGGCGUACUCGUAUGCUGGCACGGCGAGCAAGCACGUCUUCCCGUGCCCAGCACAGAGUACCGGUACAUUGAAAACUAUGCCCAGGCCAUUUAAUCUCUCAGCAUGUCCGAGCUUUCGUGAGACUCUCGCCGCCGCUGUUGCAAGCAUCUUGAGCAUCCUGUCUUCAUCGUACGAAGCCGAGAUGCGUCGUCGAGCUGGAUAUCUUCGGCGUCGGCUCAGCGUUGCUCCUCGUGCUCCUACGGAGUCCCGGGGCGCUCCCAGCCAAUCCCAUCGUGCAGGCUACCAAGGCAAUGCGUCGCUGCUAAUCGAUGCAUGGGCGAGACAGAUGAGCCUCCAUGCACAUGUACAUCAGUAG